GCGAUGACUGAGGGAGGUUGUCACUCGGGUGGCGGUGGCGGAGGCCGGGCUAAGACGUGGCCGGGCCAGCUCCACUCGGCAGCCCAGACGGUCGGGGAGGCGGCGGGGUCCCUAGUGCGUCCUCGUCCUGGUCAGGGGCUUUUAGCAGCGGGAGAAGCAGGCGCCGGCGGCUGCACCUCCAUGUCCCCGCGCGGGGUGGGACGCUGAUGGAGCGCGCCACCCGCCCGGGGCCGCUCGUGCGGGCGCUGCUGCUGCUGCAGCUGCUGCUGGGGCUCGCGGCUGGCACGGUGGCCGCAGGGCGCGCCCCCGACCUCCCCGCGCCGAAGGUGGAGGCGGCGUUCGGCCUGGGCGCCGCGGCCGCUCCCACUUCAGCAGCGCGGGUGCCGGCUGCGGGGGCCGUGGCUGCGGCCGAGGUGACGGUGGAGGACGCCGAGGCAGUGCCGGCGGCCGCGGUCGAGCAGGAGCCGCGGGAGCCGGAGCCCGACGACGAGGCCGAGCUACAGCCGCGAGGCAGAUCAUUAGUGAUUAUCAGCACUUUAGAUGGGCGAAUUGCUGCCUUGGAUCCUGAGAAUCGUGGUAAAAAACAGUGGGAUUUGGACGUGGGAUCCGGCUCCUUGGUUUCAUCCAGCCUCAGCAAACCAGAGGUAUUUGGGAAUAAGAUGAUCAUUCCUUCCCUGGAUGGAGACCUCUUUCAGUGGGACCGGGACCGUGAGAGCAUGGAAACUGUUCCUUUUACAGUUGAAUCACUUCUUGAAUCUUCUUAUAAAUUUGGAGACGAUGUUGUUUUGGUUGGAGGAAAGUCUCUCACUACAUACGGACUCAGUGCAUAUAGUGGAAAGGUGAGGUAUAUCUGUUCAGCUUUGGGUUGUCGCCAGUGGGAUAAUGAUGAAAUGGAACAAGAAGACAUCCUGCUUCUGCAGCGCUCCCAGAAAACUGUUAGAGCUGUUGGACCUCGCAGUGGCAAUGAGAAGUGGAAUUUCAGUGUUGGCCACUUUGAACUUCGGUAUAUUCCAGACAUGGAAACUAGAGCCGGAUUUAUUGAAAGCACCUUAAAGCCCAGUGGGAACAAAGAAGGGUCUAAAAUUAUUUCAGAUGUGGAAGAACAGGAAGCUGCCAUGAUGGACACAGUGAUAAAGGUGUCGGUUGCAGACUGGAAGGUUAUGGCGUUUAAUAAGAAGGGAGGACAUCUGGAAUGGGAAUACCAGUUUUGUACUCCCAUUGCAUCUGCCUGGUUGGUUAAGGACGGAAAAGUCAUUCCCAUCAGUCUUUUUGAUGAUACAAGUUAUGCAUCUAAUGAUGAAGUUUUAGAAGAUGAAGAAGACAUUGUAGAAGCUGCUCGAGGAGCCACAGAAAACAGCGUUUACUUGGGAAUGUACAGAGGUCAGCUGUAUCUGCAGUCAUCAGUCAGAAUUUCAGAAAAGUUUCCUACAAGUCCCAAGGCCUUGGAAUCUGUCAAUAAUGAAUAUGCAAUUGUUCCUUUGCCAACAAUCAAAUGGAAGCCCUUAAUUCAUUCCCCGUCCAGAACUCCUGUCUUGGUAGGGUCUGAUGAAUUCGACAAAUGUCUUAGCAACGAUAAGUUUUCUCAUGAAGAGUACAGCAACGGUGCGCUUUCAAUCUUGCAAUACCCGUAUGAUAAUGGUUAUUACCUACCAUACUACAAGAGGGAGAGGAGCAAACGGAGCACACAGAUCACAGUCCGAUUUCUCGAUAACCCAAAUUACAACAAGAACAUUCGCAAAAAGGAUCCUGUUCUCCUCUUACACUGGUGGAAAGAAAUAGUCGGAACUAUUCUAUUUUGUAUCAUAGCAACAACUUUUAUCGUGCGUAGGCUUUUCCAUCCUCAUCCUCACAGACAAAGGAAGGAAUCGGAAACUCAGUGUCAAACUGAAAGUAAAUACGAUUCUGUAAGUGGAGACACCAAGGACAGUAGCUGGAAUGACAUAAAAAAUUCUGGAUAUAUAUCGCGAUAUCUAACAGAUUUUGAGCCGGUUCAGUGCCUGGGACGCGGUGGGUUUGGAGUUGUCUUUGAAGCCAGAAAUAAAGUUGAUGACUGCAAUUAUGCUAUCAAGAGAAUCCGUCUCCCCAACAGGGAAUUGGCUCGGGAAAAGGUAAUGCGAGAAGUUAAAGCCUUAGCCAAGCUUGACCAUCCAGGAAUUGUGAGAUAUUUCAAUGCUUGGUUGGAGGCACCACCAGAGAAGUGGCAAGAAAAAAUGGAUGAAAUCUGGCUGAAAGAUGAAAGCACAGACUGGCCACUCAGCUCUCCUAGUCCAGUGGAUGGACCAUCCGUUAAAAUAUGCAGAAUGGACCCUUUCUCUACAAAGGAACAUAUUGAGAUCAUAGCUCCUUCUUCACAAAGGAGGUCUUUUUCAGUAGGGAUUUCCUGUGGCCAGACAAGUUCAUCUGAGAGCCAGUUCUCUCCACUGGAAUUAUCAGGAACGAACCACGGAGAUACCAGUGAGUCAGUGGAUGCAGCCUACAACCUCCAGGACAGUUGCCUUACAGAGUGUGAUGUGGAAGACGGUACCAUGGACGGCAAUGAGGAGGGGCACUCCUUUGAACUUUGUCCUUCUGAAGCUUCUCUUUAUGGAAGGUCAAGGGAGCGAACAUCCUCUUCUAUAGUGUUUGAAGAUUCUGGCUGCGAUAAUGCAUCCAGGAAAGAAGAGCACAAAACUAACCGCCUGCAUAUUGGCAACCAUUGUGCUAAUAAACUGACUCCUUUCAAGCAUUCCAGUAGCAAAUCUUCUUCCGAACCUACCUUCUCUAUUUCUCCUCCAAGACCGACCACUUUGAGUUUAGAUCUUACUAAAAACACUGCAGAGAAGCUCCAGCCCAGUUCACCGAAGGUAUAUCUUUACAUUCAGAUGCAGCUGUGCAGAAAGGAAAACCUCAAAGACUGGAUGAACAGUCGGUGCACCAUAGAGGAGAGAGAGAGGAGCGUGUGUCUGCACAUCUUCCUGCAGAUCGCAGAGGCGGUAGAGUUUCUGCACAGUAAAGGGCUCAUGCACAGGGACCUCAAGCCUUCCAACAUAUUCUUUACAGUGGACGAUGUGGUCAAGGUCGGAGACUUUGGAUUAGUGACUGCAAUGGACCAGGAUGAGGAAGAGCAGAUGGUUCUGACCCCAAUGCCAGCGUGUGCCAGACACACAGGACAAGUAGGGACCAAACUGUAUAUGAGCCCAGAGCAGAUUCAUGGAAGCAACUACUCUCAUAAAGUGGACAUCUUUUCUUUAGGCCUCAUUCUGUUUGAACUGCUGUACCCAUUCGGCACUCAGAUGGAGAGAGUCCGGAUCUUAACUGAUGUAAGAAAUCUCAAAUUUCCAUCACUGUUUACUCAGAAAUAUCCUCGUGAGUAUGUGAUGGUUCAAGACAUGCUCUCUCCAUCCCCCAUGGAACGGCCUGAAGCUACCAACAUUAUUGAAAAUGCUGUAUUUGAAGACUUGGAAUUUCUAGGAAAAACUGUACUCAGACAGAGGUCUCGCUCCAUGAGUUCAUCAGGAACAAAACAUUCAAGACACUGCAGCAGCUCCUGGAGCCCUUUGCCAAGCAAUUAGCCUUAACUUAUGCUCACACCCCUAACAGGUGACACAGAAUGGCCUCUUAGGAAUGUGGCUUUCGGAAAUUGUGAACUUGAAAAUUUUGUUCUUCGCUCAGUCUUAUUUUGGACUACUCUUUCUACGUCAUAUUUAAACUGGAUUUGGGGGCAUAACCUAAUUUGAGCCAACUCUAUACUGCUAUACUCCAGAAGAGGGCUCUCACUAAAUCAUGUGUGGUCCUUGUUCUUCGUGGGUCUCUUGAAACUGGCUGGCCAAGCUUUAUAGCCCUCAUCUUUGUCUGGGGGCUGGGGGGGGGGGGGGGGAGAAGCAAUCCCUAAAAUAUAAAGAGAGAAUUAAAGGGAAAUAUUUUUAUAGUUCAGAAGAAUGACAGUUCCUACAUGUGGUAAUUAUAUUGUUCUAGAAAUAUGCUUUCUAGAGACACAGUGGUGAUUUUGAAACUAAUUUCCAAAAAAGCUGACUCCGUUUUUGACCUGGUGGGUGGAUGGAGAAUCUGCACUAUUUUGGAGGACAAGUGGCACAAAUUGUAUAAUAAUGGUUUAUGUCCACAGCUAGUUUUAUAGUGACAUUUGUAGUAUUGAAUAGCUUUAUUCCUUAGAUGGUUCUAGGGAGAGUUUAAGAGCUUUUUGUACUUUUACCUCCAAUAAAGGGAAAAUGAAGCUUUUUGUGUAAAUUGGCCACAAGUUCUGGUUUGGGGAAGGAAAAAGCUGUAGUGAGACAUGAAUCGUAUGUGACGACUAACUUCUUCAAUGAUGGACUUUUUAAACCUAAUGAAAUCUUAAAUGUUUUAUGUGUAAUCCUGUAGGCUGGUACUUUCCCCAAACUGAUUAUAGAUAACAGUUUCAUCAUCUAACUAGCUAACAUGUUUUUAUUUUUCACUGUAAAUAUGUUUAUUUUUUAUUUAUAAAAAUUCUGAACUCAAUCCAUUUGGGUUGGUGGUGUACAGAACGCACUUAAGUGUGUUAAGUAUUGUGACUUCUUUCAAGUCUAAAUGAUUUAAUAAAACUUUAAAGACUUAUUUACAGUUGGCUCUUCUUGGGGGGAAUUGGCUCCCAAUGGUAGUUUUGCAAAUUUAUAAAACAGGAUCUUAGGUCUAGGAAGGGUCAUAACCCUACUCUCAAGAAAACUUUCUCUAGGGGGCGCCUGUGUGGCUCAGUCUGUUGAGCGUCCGACUUCGUCUCAGGUCACGAUCUCGCGGUCCGUGAGUUCGAGCCCCGCGUCGGGCUCUGGGCUGAUGGCUGAGAGCCUGGAGCCUGCUUCCCAUUCUGUGUCUCCCUCUCUCUCUUCCCCUGCCCCGUUCAUGCUCUGUCUCUCUCUGUCUCAAAAAUAAAUAAAUGUUAAAAAAAAAAAAAGAAAGAAAACUUUCUCUAACCUUUUUCAAACGGUGUUUUCUCUCUUCUUUCCCAAAGACUUGACAAAACCUAGUCUUUUUCAGAAAUCACUGGACUCAUAACUAGGAGACGUCUGCUCGGGGCCUACCCUGUGCCAGAGACUGGGAACAGAAAGAGGACCCCGCCCUGAAGGGAGCCGUCGCAGAGACCAGGGCCCGGGAGACGCCGGCUGUGCUGGCGGCACAGGAUGUCCGUCCGGCACGUUCCAGGGGGAGGCGCAUGGCAUGCUGGGCGGAUGAGGCGCCGGCCAGCCAGGCACAACUUUCAGGGGCCAAAAUGCAGGAUUACUUCCGUUUUGCAUGCAAAUAAUGUCUGCCCCACAAAGUUCGGGGCCAUCUGUAAGCUGGAAAAGCGCGUCACAGGCAUCUGUGUGUCUUCUCAACCCUCUGCGCUUCACGCUGCGGCUCGAGCAUCACCGUCCUUCCUGGGUUCCGCUUGGCCCCUGGCCAGCCCGCCGCCCUCUUGCUUCUUCGUCUCUUGGCCGGCCUAGUUGUCCCCUUACCUCUUGCCUCUUCACCCCAGAGAGGGAUCCUGUUGAGAUCCUCCCAGCACGCCGCUCAGUCCCAGCUGCGGACCCUCCCUCCCUCACAGCCCUGAGAGCUGGCCGUGGCGGCUGUCAUCGGUGCCCUCUCCUGGUGACGCUCACGUCCCAGACAGGUGCUGGACCUAGGUGCCCGGGAACCAAACACAGGCAUUACAGUUUCUAGUCAGGGUUUUGUCUACUCCCUUGUACUGAGCUGUCUGAGGAUUUGCACACUUCUUUUAUGAUAGAAUCAAGCCUUCUUCCAUUUUCGUUCUGCGUGUGCCUUUGCUGGCCACCAGCAGGAAAGCAGGCAUGGGGGGUUUAGGGGCUGGGCCAGCGGCUCCUGGCAAGUCCUCAGCGUAGCCAGAACAGAGUCUCCCGAGUCCUCACCCAGAGCCCUUUGUCCUGACUCCACACCCUACCUCUCCCUUCAAGUUGUUGCUUCUGGUGUUUUCUGGUGCUUUGCUGGGCCCCUCCCUCCACACUCGCCUCUCCCUCGAGCACUUUGUCGUUGUCAAGCCGCAGAUGAGCCAGUUCUCGGGUGCAAAUCUGGCUUCUUUGGUAGCUAAGGUCCCCACGGGUAGGGGCGCACCUCCCCGCCACCCCAGCAACAUCUGGCACAAAGCUCGGCACUUGAUCACACAGUUGUGGCGCUGAAUUUGGAGGCUGUAAGGGGAUGACAGGCAUAGCUGCAGCCCUCGGGAAGUGGCCAAAUGAGGAGGCAAAGAAACGUACCAGUCACUGCAAUAAAUACUUGGUAAAAAUGGAGACAUGAUGGCGGAACAAUCCUAAUGCUAAAGACAGAAGUCUCAGUUGCUGGAAGUUUCUGAAAAGAAGGGGGGCCCUAUGCUUUAAAUGAGAGGAGAAAUGGGCUGGGACACUUGGCACCUUGUGGCUCUGUCCGAUGCUGUCCCAUUUGGCUCCUUCCUCAGCUGUCACUAGAGUGCACUCACCACCUCCAGCCAAGCCUGCAUGGGACGGAUUCCGGUGGGAGAGCCACGCAUGCCUACUGACACGGAGCCAGGAGGAAGCUCACGCACAUCUUUCAGGCUCUGCCCUCCCCGAAGGCAGCAGUACUCCAGUGAGUGCUGGUCCAGAGGUGGGGAGGAUGUGAGAACUUCAUCAACGAGCCACCUACUCUGCCCUCUGCCUCCCAGUGGUCCACUAGAAAGCAGACAUUGAUGAUGUUUGGGGUGGUUUGCCUUUUCCCUGUUGUUGCUCACUGAUCCCUUCUCCCUGGAUGCUUUUGCACCAAAAGCAAUUCUAUUUCUACAACAAAGUGGAGACAGAACAAGUUUCCAAUCCAACCAUGGGCCAUAGAGUGACUCGGCCUUACUCCUGGAGAAGUCAAGGAGUAAGCAGAAACGCUGGAUGUUUUCUAGUCCAUCUCUGGGGACAUUUGCUCCUUCCACAACUAGAUUUGCAAGGCACUGCUUAAGGAGACGUCCUCCUCCAGAUUCUACCCAUGCAACUACAGUAGCUGCCACUAGGAGGCUCGUUUUCACCUUUUUCCCCCACAGGAAGCAAAUUGUUGAGGGUGGGGAUAAAACACAUUCUUGCACCUGUAAGGGUAUCACCCCCCCCCCCACCAAAGAGACAACACA